GUAAAUUUUCGGUGCCUCUUUGCUGCAAACCUGAUUUGUUUUUGUUUCCCUAAUUAUAAGAAAGUACUGUAUAAUAAGAAAGAAAAAAAGGAGUGGUCAUAAAAGUCCAAGGUAAAAGGAGCUGGCCUCCAUUUAACUUCUACACUGAGAGAAAGAGAGAAGAAAAAAAUAAGAAGGCGAAAGUUUUGGAAAAUAAGGAAGAAACUGGAGAGUAGUAGUAAUGCCUUCUCAUUCUGGAGAUGACAAUGUUCUUCAAGUUCUCAUCAAGAACUUCGAUGUUCUUGCUCUCCCAUUGGUUGCUCUCGUCUACCCUCUAUAUGCAUCAGUGAAAGCAAUAGAGACAAAAUCAUUAGCAGAAGACGAGCAAUGGCUUACCUACUGGGUACUCUAUGCAAUCAUCUCCCUCUUCGAACUCAUUUUCUCCAAACUUCUCGAAUGGUUUCCGAUAUGGCCGUUCUUGAAGCUGAUUGGGAUAUGCUGGCUAGUGCUACCACAGUUUAAUGGAGCAGAACAUGUCUAUAGACAUUUCAUUAGACCAUUCUAUAUGAAUCCUCAAAGAGCUUCCACCAAUAUUUGGUACGUUCCUCAGAAGAAGUUCAACUUCUUUCCCAAACGUGAUGACGACGAUAUCCUCACUGCUGCUGAGAAGUACAUGGAGAAACACGGCACCGAUGCAUUUGAGCGAAUGAUCGUUAGGAAGGAUAGUUAUGAGAGAGGCAGGAGAGGAGGAGGUGGUGGAGGAAGCAAUAACUACAUGAUCUUUGAUGAUGAUUAUAGGUACUAAGUUUACCUUGUGUUCAUGUGGUUUUGAUCGGUCACUGAUUUGAUCUUAAACCUGUUUGGCUUUGUAAGCUAGCUGUUUGACUUUUAUUCUCUCUCCCUAUGACUUUAAUAAUGGUCAGGAUUAUGUAUAAGUAUGAUCCUUAUGUGUCACAUGUUUUCUACUAGUAAUGGAAUUCCAUGCCAUAUGA